AUGUCAAACAUAUGUUUGAUAUUCGAUCGGCAUCGAAGCAUAAUAUCUGCUGUGGAAAAUAACCCUACUUGGCAGCCGCCAAAUGCGUAUCACGUAUUCUGUAUUCGUCAUAUUGCAAGCAACUUCAAUCAAAAGUUUCGGAAUGAAGAUUUGAAGCGGAUGUUAAAGAAUUUAGGUUAUACUCCAGCAAUGGUUGAUUUUGAAAGGAAUCUUGCGAGUUUCCGUGACAGUAGUCCUCAAAUUGCUGAGUGGAUUGAUGCGAAUCCUAAGGAAAAGUGGUCGCGUGCCUACGAUAUUGAAGGACGGAGGUACGGACAUAUGACAACAAAUUUGGCUGAAUCUGUCAAUAGGGUUUUGAAGGGGGCCAGAAAUAUGCCUAUAACAGCAUUGAACCGGGUAGAUGCAACAAGCCACCACGUUCGUGCAUACAAUGUUGAACAUACUGAAUUUGAGGUUGACGCAGGUUGGGAGCGUUCAUAUUCUGUCAACCUCCCACAGAGAUACUGUCAGUGUGGAAAGUUUAAGGCCUUUAAGUAUCCGUGUAGUCACGUCGUUGCUGCUGCGUUAAGUGUUAGGCAGAGUGCGUUCACUUACGUUGACGACGUCUUCUUGAUAACUAACUUGGUCGAGGCUUAUUCUUUUCCGUGGGAGCCAAUCGGAAACGAGGAAGAAAUACCUGAAAUUAGUGGUGCAAAGAUUAUUCCUGAUUCUACUAUGUUGCAUGCAAAAGGUCGUCCAAAGUCAACUCGCAUCCGCAACGAGAUGGAUGAAGUUGAGACAAGCCAGAGCCGUAUCAGGUGUGGACUUUGCAAGGAACGCGGCCAUAAUCAUCGGCGAUGUCCAAGUCGUGGGAGAAACGACUGA